UAAAUAGAAAGCAUCGGAGGAACUUCUCCAUAUUGACACCGGCAAUUCCAGGAUCAAGCAAAAUGGAUAGCGGCAUCCAAGGAUUUUAUAAAGACAAGGUGGUAUUUUUAACAGGCGCCACAGGAUUCUUAGGAAAAGUGAUAAUUGAAAAACUUUUGCGAACUACGGAGGUAAAACGUAUAUACGCGAUGGUUAGACCAAAAAGGGGUCAUGAUAUUCAGCAGCGCAUGGAGAUAUGGCAAAAGGAUCCGCUCUUUGAAGUCCUUUUAAAGUUAAAGCCCAAGGCAUUGCAAAGGAUAUCCACAAUUUCGGGAGACUGUCUGGAAUCCGAUCUAGGCAUUAGUGAAAUGGAUCGAAGACUUUUGGCUUCUGAAGUACAAAUAGUCAUCCAUGGAGCAGCCACCGUGAGAUUCAAUGAGCCUCUUCAUGUGGCACUUGCCAUAAAUACUCGUGCCACACGACUGAUGCUCCAAUUGGCCAAGGAGAUGACAAAUCUUGAGGCAUUCUUGCACAUCUCCACUGCGUUCUCAAACUGUGUAAUCUUUCGGAUCGAGGAGAAGUUCUAUCCCGAACACCUCUCCUGCGAUUCGCAAAAGGUCCUGGCCUUGAGUGAACUACUAAACGAUAAAAUGCUGGAAAGUGUAGCGCCCACUCUGCAAGGAUCCUUCCCCAACACUUAUACCUACACAAAAGCCCUGGCGGAGGAUGUGAUCCUACGGGAAUCGGGGGACCUUCCUAUAAGCAUCUUUCGACCAGCAGUUAUAAUUGCCACCCACAAAGAACCGGUUGUCGGUUGGAUUGACAAUCUGUACGGACCAAUUGGCCUGAUUUAUGGAGUGGCCCAUGGAGUCCUGCGCCUGACCACCUGCAAGAAAGAGGGCUACACCAGCUUCGUGCCCGUGGACUACUGUGCCAAUGUGGCGUUGGCUAGUAUAUGGCAAACAGCCAGGGAUAAAACCCCAAGAAACCCAAGGAAACAGCCCAGCAUUUACACUUUAGCUCCCAGUGAGCGGAAUCUGAUGAGCAAUUUGGAAUUUUACAACCACACCCUCUGUUGUCGGGAGGAGUUUCCGCUGACCAAGAUGAUAUGGUACCCCUUCCUGCACUGCAUUUCCAUUCCGUGGCUCUUUCCGGUAGCCGCGUUCUUCUAUCACACGCUUCCCGGGUUUCUUUUCGAUCUGGUACUCAGGAUCACGGGCAGGAAGCCGCGUCUGGUGAAGCUCUACAGGAAUAUCCAUGCCAGCAUUACCCUUCUGCAUCACUUUUCGCGAAACAGUUGGUUCUUUAAGACCAAGAACACUGAUCAUUUGAGGUCUCUGAUGUCCCCGGAGGAGCGGAUCAUGUACAACUUCGAUAUGGAGGCGCUGGACUGGAGGAAGUACUUCCAGAAGGCCCUGUUUGGCAUGCGGCUUUACCUUGCCAAGGAGCCUCCAACUAAGGAAUCCGUUGAUCAGGGUCGAAAGCUCUUGCAGAGGUUGAAAAUCUUGCACUACAGUUUCAUAACUACACUGUGGAUUAUUGCUGGAAUCAUUGUAUGGACCCUUAUCAAAUUAGUAAUUUUUUAAGGCAAUAAAUU